UAAAAAGUUCCUUAAUUUUUGGUGCACAUUCUUAUUAGUUUGUUCGUGAACUACGUAACUGUUAAAUGUCGUAACAAGUAAGACAUGCAUAAUUAUAAGUUCUGAUAACAUUUUUGAACCAUUUGACCGAUAUUAUUAUCGUUGACUCACGUCGAUAUUCACAGUUCCAGCGUCACCGAGGUCGUACAAAAUUGCGCAUUAUUGCGCAAAUAGGCAUGCCAGCGAUAUGCAGGUUGUCCACUAUCAGAUAGGCAGAAAAUAAAUAAAUACUUCCUCUGUAAAAGAAGUACAUACUUGGUGUAGCUCCCCGCCAAUUGGUCACUAUUCUGUCGACUUUCGCGUUAGUCAAACAUUUUGUAGCAUCGUAAACGCAAAUAUAACGAUCUCGUCCUUAUCAGGAUAAGAGUAUAAAUUCUAUAUCAGUACUUCAAUAGCAAUUCCAAAUGCGUGUGCAUCUGCUGUUAAUUCUGCUUUUCGUGGGCACCGCCCUAGCACGCGCUCGAAGCAAGAGGCAGACAGAAAUUGGACCCCGCGUCGAUGAAAGGCCUGCUCUUUGGUUGCAAAGAAUGUAUCAAUCCAUUUUUCGACUUUGGCCGUAUUUCAAAAAUAUUUUUCGUCUUUUAAACCAUCCUACAUCGAUCAAAAUAAGACUGAAGGCGCAAGAUCUGACGACAGAGCCUCCAACUCCUGAAGACACAGCGGCUACAUUAGGACGAUUCCACCACAAUGAUCUCAUAUCAACGAUAAUAUCUGAUCUUCUUAGACCAAUAAUGAUAAUGCUAAUGACAAUAUUUCAGUUUUUUAAACCAAUACUAGAGAUAAUAUAUCCUUUUAUUAAACCAAUACUUGAUAUUAUUCGACCAAUAAUAAGAACACAAGGAGUUACAAUCCAGGAAAUAUUAUUUACACUCUUUAGAGGAGUUAAUAUGAUGAUGCGCAUUAUACUACACACUUUCGGAGGCCUGGUAACCCUCUUAUAACGCGGUACUUCUGCAAUGCGGUUUCGCUACAUCGCGAUUCAAAAAAUGUGGAAAUUCUCCUACAAUGCGGUACUUCUACAAUGCAAUUUAUAUUUUGUGGCAAAUCAUGCUAUAAAAUAUACACACAUACGUCUCACCACGCGGCGCGAUCGGCAUUUAUCUCGAUCAUUUUAAAUUGUUUUAAAACUGAAUAUAACGAGAGGAAGCGUCGAAGUAGUUCUUAAACAUAAUUGAGUGAGCUAUGAGUUAACAGAGCGAUACAUAUGUUUUAUAUCAAUUAACAAUUUAACUUAUUAAUUCAGGAUACACACAAUAAGAUUGUUUGUAAUUUUUUCUAUAGUCCAAUCUGAUUAACUGAAAAAAAUUUUGGCCUUUUUUACGUGGCCUUUUUACGAACGUAUCUACCGCGUUGUAAGAGGGUAACCUAUAUUUAUUCUAUUAUAUUAUAUAUUAUAACAUACAUAUAUAUAAUAUUAUAAUUAAUUCUUUAAAGUUAAAUACACAAUAGAGAAAUAAAAAGGAAGAAAGAUAAAAUAGUCCAGUUAUCAUAUAAAUAUAUUACAUAUUUAUUAUUAAUAAUAAUUUAUUCUCCCUCUAUAUCUAAUACAUCACUAGCGUCUCAUUUCGUUUUCGCAUUGUACAAUCUUUAAUAUCAUCCUGUCAUGUACAAUCGAUUGCUUCAUCAGUAUCAAGUAUCGGAUAACGUACAAUAACGAUUUACUUUAUCUUACUAAAUUUAUAUUUUUAUCUAUUCGUACUAUACUGGAUACAAAAUUUUAAGGAAUUAUUUAUGCUUAUUAUUAUUGAGAAGAUAAUUUGAUGAUCUAUAAUAUCUCUACUGAGUAUUUGGCUAAGUGAUCGUAAUCAUGCACUCUAUCUAAUCAAUUAUGAACGUCGAGAACCGUACGCGACGUACGUCACUUAAUUAAUAACGUUACUUAUUGUAAAGUCGAAAUUGAUAGUUUCUCGAUAAAUUGACGUUGAAUAUACGAUUAUGGACAUCUCCAUUAUUACAAGAAAGUAGGGCAAAUUCGUUCCGUUAGAGAAUCGCAAUUUAAUGAUCUAGAAUUAUGAUUCUUUUCAUUAAAUAAAUUAUUCUUAUAGACACAUGAACUUUUUUGCUGCCAGAUUCUGCAUACACAACUAUCCAUAAAUAUUGGUCUAAAGGAUCCAUAAAUCGUACAUACAUUGCUUAUGCGUUUGAGAAAAUUAAGGAGAUAAAUAAUGAAGGACAUAAAUAAUUAUCAACCAAUAAAGUAGAACAGUCAUUGGAAAGAACACGAUAUUGAUCACUGGAAAUUGCAAGAGAUACUAACAGGAUCCACACAGACUAAGAAGGAGACUCUACAAAUCCAUCGAAGAAUAUCAUCUAUUAUAAUUUUUGGUACAUAGCGGCAACUUUUUGGUCAAUUGCAGUGUCAGUAUGUUUUCGUCUACUUUAAGGCGCCUUGUAACAGACGAUACGUAAAUGUAUUUAUAAAGUGAGUAUAACGUUCAAUAAUCACCAAUACGACGGU